AACCACCGAAAAUCGGAUCCAAUUUUAGGGAGCGAGAGUGUGCGUCAGUGUCAUCGGGUAUAGCUCUCAUUGUCAGUUCAGAUGGCAAAUUUGUUGAAGAUUGUGAAAUUUACUUGUUCCAAAACGCAAUUUCGUUCUCAAGAUUGAUUUGAAUGUAGUGAACAAGGCGUCAGGCCUUUUCAGAAUUCGCAUUCGCGAAGUCUUGUAGGUUUUAUGAUUUGAAGAUAGGCAAAGGUACCGAUUCUGUAUCUCCAUUCGCCUGCGUUCCAUGAAUUACUGAUUUACAACAAAUUGAAGUCAUCAACUCAAAGUGGUUCUGUUUGGAGAUUGAUUGAAUCAUGUUCAGGCAGUCACCACGUAGAAACGGACGUAACAAAGGGCUAAAAGUGAAACACGUUCUCCAGAUCUCAUUAUUGCUUGGUGUGAGUGUAUGGCUGCUUUACCAGGUCCACCAUUCAGACGACAAGACACCAUCAGUCCCAUCACAUAUCACAAACAAGCUACACAAUGUUGUUAACAAGGACAUGAUGAGAUUGGGUAGAAAAGAUCUUAAACCAAAAGUGAAGCAACCAACUGUUCUUCAAGACAAAAAGGAACCCGAAGAACAUCAAGUGGAUGAAAUCGGCAAUGAAACUGAACCUGAAGAUCUUGUUCAUGAUCAUGAGAGUGAAGAACAUGAAGACAUGAAGCAUGAGGAAGAUCGUGAGAAUGAAGAGGAGACUGCAGAAACAGAACAUGAGCUGAUAAAGAUUAAGAAGACUGAGUUGAACAAAGAAGAAGGAAAACAUAGUGAUGGCGGUGAAGAAAUCAAAGAAAAAGUGGACGAAAAGGCAAACAAUGAACAAAACAAAGUUAUUGUUCUUGAGAAGGAAGAUGAGAAAAAGAUGAAUUCAAGCAUGAAAGUUGAGAAUGUGUCAAGUGAAGUGGGACCCAGUGUGGAUCUUUCAUCACAGAAAGUGUCAAAGGAGGAAACUAUACAACAUAUGAACACAAGUCAAGAUUCGAAUUUGAUGCCUUCUGUUGACCUCAAGAAUGCAGUAUCAGUGAAUAGAAACUCAGAAGAUUCAAUGAAUUCGAAUGGGGAAGAUGAGAACCAAAAGGAACAGGAAUCAAAUGAGAAUGAGAAUGAGAAUAAUGAAGAGUCUGAAGUGAAAAAUGAGGAAGGUGGUGUUCUAGAAGAAGAGAAAGAAGCUCUUACAGACUUGGGAACAUUACCAGAGAGUGGAAUAGGAGGAAGCAGAAGCACUGAAAACACAGCUGCAGAGUAGAGUGAGUUUUUUACUUUUUUUUUUUUAAUUAAGUAUUUUCAGUUUUCUAUUCUUUAAGUUCUUAUAGAAAUAUGGAUGAUUUGGAGCCCUAUCGUUGGCCAAUUAUUGAAUAUGGAUCUAUCCCUAUCUCAAAGAUAUAAUGAUUCUGUGUUUGACAAGGUUUUCAUGAUACAACGUGGAACAGCAAUAUGUAGUUAUUAAAUUUUGAAAAAUUAAAUA